UUUGCGUGAAUGGGAUGCGUGUCAGAUCCUUAUUGAACAGGCGUCCAGUACAAUUUAAUUAUAAUUUAAAGUUAGCACUACCAGAAUUACCAAAAGAGGCGGUUCAGUCUCGAAGGUUUGAAACGAAGUUUACCCCAGUCACCAAGAGGGGGAGGAAAUCUAUCGCAUUUGGUAAAAUAACUAAUUUGAUUUUGCGAUGUGAUGAAGCCGGUUUGUUAUACACUAGUCAUUUUUGUUCUGUUCAACUAAGAAAGAACAAACGAAUUUCCAAAAG